AUGGACAACGGAAACCAUGCUUCACAUACUCCCUCGUUAAGAAGAGAGUCACCUGCGUAUGAAAGCACAAUUCUUGAAGAGCAUGUCGCCCCGAACGACCCUGAGGAUGACGAGACUUGCCCUUUAGAGACCCGGUGGUGGUUGGCGAGUACUGCGUUUCCGUUGCUAGCGGGAACUUUCGGCCCAACCGCAAGCGCAUUUAGCAUAUGUUCUCUUGCAGAUCGAUGGCGGGUCAAAAUCCCCCUUGGAGGGUCGCUCGAAGAUGCUGAACCCGUACCGGAUCCUAAAUGGGCGGUCGUUAUCAACUCAAUUUCUCUCGGCUUUGCAUUAGUAUCCAACUUUUCUCUCUUGCUGAACAUGGCCAGGCGAUUACCUUUCCCAAUUGCCCAACCCAUUACGAUCGGAGGAUGGUACAUUUCUUCAGGUCUGCUUAUUUGCCUGGCAGCUCUUCUCCGCCAUCGUACGGACACGACCACCCACCGGAUGACUCAAGCUUAUUACUAUGCAAUUAUAGCCGCAGCCAUCUAUUUUCUGGUCUCUUCACUCAUGGUUGUGACCGUUUUUGGGGCACAGAGAAAACAUUACAGCAAAGAGUUUCGUCUCACCACAAACCAGAGAUCUCUAAUGCUGCAGACUAUCACCUGGUUAGUUUAUUUGCUAGGUGGUGCUGCAAUAUUUGCUCACGUCGAAGAGUGGGCCUACCUUGACGCUGUAUACUGGGCAGAUGUCACUCUACUUACAGAUGGUUUUGGAGACAUAGCCCCCAAGACUCAUACUGGUCGGAGUCUAUUAUUCCCUUACGCUGUCGGGGGGAUCUUGACCCUAGCAUUAGUUGUUACAUCGAUAAGAGAUCUGAUGAUAGAACGCGGGAAAAACGCGAUAAUUGCCAGACGGACGGAACUGACCAGGAAACGAAUCGCAGACCAAGUCAGACAAGGGACGGGAAGAGUGAGUGGGAUUAAGCUUCCACCAAUUUCCGAUCCAUCUCAGCUUUCUGAAAGCCAGAGGCAGGAAGCGGAGUUUUACCUUAUGCGCCAGAUACAUAAAGUUGCUUCAUUCAAAAUAAAGUGGUUUUUGCUUGGUGUUGCUGUAUGCGCCUGGAUGGCACUGUGGCUCCUUGGUGCGCUCGCAUUUUUUCUUGCUGAACAAGCCCAAAACUGGUCAUAUUUCGAGUCUUUAUACUUCGCCUAUACGUCGCUCCUUACAAUCGGCUAUGGGGAUUUCACACCCGGUGACACAUGGGGAAAGCCUUUCUUGGUUUUUUGGUCCCUGCUUGCCAUCCCUACUAUGACGAUACUAUUCUCCAGCAUGGGGAGUACCAUUGCAAAGUUUGUCGAGGAUGCUACCAAUUUUGCUGGUGAAUUGACUGUUCUUCCUGGCGAGACGAGUUUCAAGGAUGUAAUAGCUUCCCCUUUACAACAGCUGCGAGAGCUGAGUUAUCAAACGCCACGGGCGCUCUUGAACCACACUAUUUCUCGAGCCCACCGUAACGAGAACAUUCCAGCCUACCAAACGAGCCCAUCGACUUCCAGAGUGUUUACUGGACAUGGGGAACUAAGCACAAAGGACGAAUCUAGAGUGAAAGAUAUACAAGAGGCAACCACAAAUCCACACCAGCGCCGAUACAUUAUCAUUCGCGAAAUUCGCAAAAUAUAUCGAGACUUAAACGCCCAGCCCCCGAAAAGGUACACGUAUGAUGAAUGGUAUUUCUACCUAUCACUUGUGGGGAAGAUGGAAUUAUGCUCAAGCUAUAUAAAUAUUCCUAAUUCCCAGAUCGAAGAAAUUCAAGGAAUAGACCACCCCCGAAUUGGUCUCCGAACUUCAGUAGGUGUCGAAAAGCCGAACGUCCAGAACAACAACUGGAGCUGGAUUGGUACAAGGAGUCCACUGAUUGGCGAUAAAGACGAAGCACAAUGGAUCUUCGAAGCCCUGUCUGCUGCUUUAGAGCACGAUCUCAAGCAGCAGAGCCUCAAGCAGUACAGCGAGCAAAAUGGAGCAUAA